AGCAAACACACCAUGCAACAGGACCUGGGCAUCUGGAGAAUGGUCCUGAUGUGUCUCACUGCGGUUCUUUCUAGUGAAAUAGCUGCACAAAUAAGUACCUUUGCACAUGGUUUAUAGAGUUACCUUUGGCAUGAACCAAGGUUUCAUUCUUUGGGCAAAAGGUGUCAAUCAGCUGAACUCUGUGACCACCGCUGCAUUUGGAGAGAAUGUGACUCUCCAGUGCUUUCUGCUGGAAGAGGACAACACCGAUCCCAUCGUUUGGUACCAGCAAAAAACAGGACAGGAGCCUCGUAUAAUGGCCAUGACUCAGAAAUCAGUAGAGACUUCCUCUUACUACAGUGAAUUUAAACCUCCAAAGUUCACUGUUGUGAAGGGAAGAGGGUUCUGUCAUUUGAACAUUUCUAGCAUUGAACCUUCAGAUGAAGCCAUGUAUUACUGUGGCAUUAGAAGGUUUGAGAUUGUGUUUGGAAAGGGAGCAUUGUUAUCAGUGAAAGGAUAUUUAAAUAAAAAUGAUAACUAUCAAGUAUCAGUGGUCCAAAGUCCAGUGCUGGGUGUGGUUUCCCCAGGAGAGUCAGUGUCUCUGCAGUGCACCGUCCUCUCUGAGAGGAGAACAGCAGAACUCCGAGUGCUCUGGUUCAGAGCUGCUGCAGGAGACUCCCAUCCUGAAAUCAUUUACACUCAUCACAACAGCAGCCAUCAGUGUGAGAUCAGCUCUUCUCCACACAGCUGUGUGUACAACCUCUCCAAGAGUGUCCUCAACCUCUCUGAUACUGGCACUUACUACUGCGCUGUGGCCACCUGUGGCAAGAUCCUUCUUGGAAAUGGGACGACAGUAGAUUUGACCAAGACUGUUGGUCCUGCAGUGAUCUGGCUGGGAGCAGCUUUGGGAGCUUGUGUAAUUGUGAUCUUUGCUCAAGCCAUUUUAAUUUGUAAAUGGAGAAAUUGUCGACCCAGCAGUGAGAAACAAAGCACUGCUACAGUGAGAAAAAUCAAUCAGGACCAUGAUAGUGUGGAGCUGAGUUAUGCUGCCCUGCGUUUUAACGGGAGGAAAACUGGAAGAAAUCACAGGGAGAAAGAACAGACUCAAGACUGCAUGUACUCUGACAUCAGAUGUCCCACUGUUACUGACCAAAGCUUGUUUGAUUAAAUCUCUUUGGCCUGCUGUUGAGCAUAAUUUACAAAUUUAGCAAGUACUGCCUUUACACAGCACCAGUUCUGCUUCACAGUGUGUAAAAUGUUUUAAUUUCUAUUUGGGAAAAUGUUGAUUAGAAAUGUUUAAGUCCCAUGUAAUGUCCCCAUCUAUGUCUACGUAACGUGACUGGUUACACAUGCCUGAGCAUUCAGUGAUCUUAAGCUAAGGAUGUGCUCUUAUCUGUGCUUCUGAUCCUUCUGCACACUUUACUGAAAAAUGAAUGUACAGAUAUAAGGGGUGAAUGACUGGUCCUAAGAAAUAUAGAUGUACUGUAGACAGUCAAGAUUUGUUAUGAGUGGUUUCACAUUGAACCUCUCAUGUAAUAUACUCUAAAGCAUUCUCAAGAUCCAGAAAUCUAAUUGUGCUCUGUUAAUUCCUUUUCUGCUUGUAGAUUUUGUAAAUGUUUAUGAUAAUCUCACCUGGAGGCAACA